GAGAGGGGAAUAGGCGGGGGGGAGGAGAGGUGUAGUUUUGUUUUGGGGGAAGAGGCUGUGCACGAGGACGGCUUCCAACAGGAUGGCAUAGUCCCUUUUAGGGGUAGGCGUCCCCCCAUCGACGGCAGCAACUGCAGCUUGAGGCAGCGAGGGACAUCCAUCGGAGGAGAGUCAGGAGACCUUAGUUCAGAGCCGGAGGGAGGAGUGCGGCGUCACCAGGGCCUGUGAGCACCCGCCCAGCAGCGCUCCAUCCCCCAGGGCAGGAUGGACAGGCUGCGGCGAGUGCUGAGGAGGAGGUCGGCCAAGGUGCUCUCCAUGGGAGAAGAGAGCAGCAGGGAGCCUGGGCAGGAGGAUCGGGGCCCCACCUGCCGUGACGAGGAGGGGCCCAUCAGGGCAAGGAGCUGGCUGUGCCCCAUCUGCUGCCAAAGUAAACUGGCAGCUCCCAGCGGCAGGGGAAAGGAGGGAAAGAAAUCAGCCACCUCCAAAUCCAGAUGGAGGUGGCCCUGGGUGCGCCUGGGCAGGCGGGAGCCAGUGCCAUCACAGCUCCCAGCACCCGAAGAGCCGUGCAGCUCCCCUCCUGGGUCAUUGGGCAGCCUGGAGCCCGGCCCUGCAGCCCCGCAGCAGGAGGCAGCCCCGUGCCGAGCCGGGGACGAGGGCCCAGCUGCCCUGGGGCAGGAGCUGAGCCAGGCCCACAGCAGCCCCUGCCUGAGCCGCAGCUCCUCCUGGGAUGACUGGCACACAUCCCAGGAGUCCGGGAGCACCAGCCCCAGCUCCUCCUCCUCCUCCUCCUUGGACUGUGAAAAGUCCCAAGAGGCCCAAAGCACCAGCACGAGCAGCAGCUCCUCCUCGGAGGACAGCGAUAGCUUGGAGGAGUCCAACACCACCACGUCGACCAGCAGCUCCUCCUCGGAGGACUCCAGUAGCUCCCUGGAGUCUGGGACCAGCCUGGCCCCCGGUGCCACCUGCACAGUGAUUCCCAGCCCGGCCGGUGAGGAGCUGGAGGAAGAGGAGGAUGAAGAGGAGGAGGAGGAAGAUGGAAGGUCCCCGGAAGAAGCUGCCCUCCUCCUUGUGAAGAAACACCUGCAGGACCCAGGGGAGAUGCUGGACGGGAAGGACAGGCAGCGCUUCCUGCUGGCCAUCAUCAGCCUGACCAUCGCUGCGGACCAGAGCAGAGAGGUGGCUGUGGAGCUGGAGGACCUGAAAGUGGCCAUGGUGGAGAGGAUCGUGGACCUGAUGGAGAACAUCUCAGUGGAGGGCGACCGAAAACACAUCCUGGCGUACAGCAUAGACGCUAUCCGCUGCCUCAGUGACCCGAAGCUCAGCCUGGAGCCAGCGCUGGAGUCGCGCCUCCUGCGGGCUGCCGUGGAGAAGAGCUUCCUGGCCAUACGGCGUGAGACCCAUCGCAACCAGGUCAUGCAGCGACUGUACGAGGAGUACCUGGGGGGCCUGCUGUGCUGCGUCUUGUCCAGCGCCCCCAGCCUGGGCAAGCUCUACUCCAUCUGGGAGCACUUUACAUCGUGGACUGAGGCGCCGGAUGCCCAGCACCGUGCACUGGGCAUGAAGAUCAUGACCGGCGCCAUUGCCUUUGCUGUGCAGCUCCUCCCACAAUUUGAGGGCUCCCCUGACAUACUGGAGGUGGGGGACAUGGCAGCCCGCCUGGGUCUGUCCAUCAACGACCCAGAGGAGACCAUCAGCUGCAAGGCCAGGGCGUGCAUGUAUUUGCUCGCUCAAAUCCUCCUUCAUCAGAGGGGCCAAGACAUGCAAGGGGCAGAGGAGCUGCGGUGCAAGCGCCAGAACGAUCAGAGCCAGGUCCAGAAGUACAGGGACCUGGUGAGAGUGGGAGAGGUGAGGAUGGUGUGA